CUCCUCCUCCUCCUGCUUGCAGGGGACAGAGAGGGUAGAAGUUAAGCAGUCAGCUCUCUGCCAUUGUUCUUGUUCUGGACGUCUGCGAACGGGACGGGUGGCGCUGGUCGGGUACCGGACGGCAGUCUGUCGUUAUGACGGGCUCCGGUCCGAAGCUCGGGGUCCUGCUGCUGGUGGCGGUUCUGCUGCAGACUGUGGUCGUCACCAUCACCGUGCUGCACUUCACAACGGCUCUCAACUCGAUAAAGGAGACUUUUGCCAGGAGCAGUGUCUCCUGUCUGACGGGCACUGACCUGCAGAGCAUCACGGAUGUGCGAGGAGAUCUAUGCUGGCAGGUCACUCAGCAGGUUCACCUCCUCAUCGAGAAGUCAUUGUCUCAGCAGAGGCAGAGGCAGAGGUUGAGGCAGAAUUCGUCGGAAGUGAAAGAUGAAGUCUCCCAGGUGCUGCUCUCUCUCUCUCGCCCCAAAGUUGCCGCUCAUGUCACGGGCAGCUAUGUCCCCAAACUGGAGCGAGCAGGAGGAGCUCCAGUCUUUGCUGGGCGGCGCGUUUAUGGCCAGAAGAUCUCAUGGUGGGAGGGCCGUAAGGGGCUGGCCUUCCUCCAGGACGUCCAGCUGGUGGAUGGGGAGCUGGUGGUGUCGCAGCCGGGCCUCUACUACGUCUACGCCCAGACUUACUUCAGACACAGCCACCUGGGGGAGGAUGGCGAGGACAGCGAGGAGGUGGAGGAUAGGGGGAAACCUCUGCUGCAGUACAUCUAUAAGAAGAUGAGCUCAUACCCGGCUCCCAUCCUGCUGAUGAAAACAAGCCGCACUUCCUGCUGGUCCCGAGGUUCCCAGUACUCUCUGCACUCCGCCCACCAGGGGGGACUGUUCCCGCUCACUACCGGCGACCGCUUGUUCGUCACGGUGACAAAUGCAUCUGCUGUGGACAUGGACGAGGAGACCAGCUUCUUCGGUGCAUUUCUGAUCAGCUAGAGUAGCAGGUCUUGGACUGGGCAUCUCGGGUUUUACCUGGUGAAAUAGCUUAAUGAUGCUACCGUGCUGUAAUGAUGAGCGUGGUAGCAUCUAGACUUCUCCUAGAGUUCAAAACUAUAAAAGUCAAGGAGAAGUCAAACAACUUUUACGACACUGGUUCUCUGGGGGGAGAAGACACUGAUGUGGCUGUGCAUGAGUGCUUAUCAAACCAAACAGACUUUUGUAUUCGAGUGUCUUAAAGUAAGUGUGGACUGGACUUUCCAGGGGUGUAGUUUUUUUUACAAACAUCUCUUUAAGGUGGAAGUACAGUUUUUAAGCAUAUGUAGGCCCAAAAGCAGUUUUAAUAUCCAACUAGGCAUCUAUUGCCUAAUUCAUAGCUCUGGACCCAAUAUCCAACCUAGAUCUUCAGCAAAAUAUAGACUACCUGUUGCACAAACUGUUUAAUUUCUUGUUGUGUCAUCUACAAUCUGUGUGGAGAGCAAAAGGAGGAUUCAAUUUGCUAAAAUGCAAUCUAGAAAGGAGUUCCUAAACUAAUCCACGGGCUACACCGGAAUACCCCCCAAAUUACGCGUCUCCAGAGGCUUAAACAACAGACUAGCUGAAGUCUUGGAUAGGUAGGUCUCAAUGUCACACUGAGAUGCAAACCUGCAGAUCAACUCUUACAGCCUACUACACACCCUGAGGCAAAUGUAAUGUAGGGCAUGCGUUUUAAACUGCUUCAGCCUAGCUACAGUUGCUCCACACCUGCAAGCCACUUUGUAGCCCACCUUCACCUACCGCCUCUUUUUCUUUUCUUCUCUGCAGGGUCUUGCUGCUGCUGCAGGGGUCCCAGAGCAGAGUCAUGUAGCCAAAAGUAAAUUAGUGCAGAUGGAAGUAAUGUUUUGCCAUAGUGGUCUUGCCUGGGGUAGACAAUUUGGCUGUGAAGUGGCUGUGCAACACAAAUAUCCACAGGAAAGUUUGCCAAAGACCGAGAGUUUGUCAAACUUUUAUUCUUUGUUCUUAUUCUUCUUUAACCCCUGAAGCAGUCGUGCCUAAAACCACCAAAAGUUGGAACCAUUGAAACUGCCUGUGUUGCCUGAACAGGCUUCCACUUCCAUGGGGCUAGCACAAAGAAUCAGAGCUUUAACGCUUAUAUCCAAGCCUAUGACUAAUUUAGAAACACUAAGAAAAUUGUACGUCUUUGGACUGAGGGAACAAACUGGACCACCUGGAGAAAAGCCCAUGGAGGCACAGGAAGAACACAAAAGCUCCACAUAAAAGGCCCACCUGGCCACAAAGUUUAAACCAAGGAACCAUCUUGCUUUGAGGGGACAGUGCUCCCCACCAGGCCUGGAUACACCAAUCACAAAUAAACAAAAGCAAUACCAGCUGCAGUUGUUCUCAGUUCUGCCAUUAAGAAAUGUUUGUAUAAAAGUCAUUUGAGUCCACACAGAAAUUUUAGGUGUAUUCCUGUUUAGAGAUGUAAAUGCUGUGCUAUAUUUUUUUAUUUUUAUAAUAAUCAUUUAAGUAUUGAGUUCGUGAACCCUUUGUUCUUGAUAUUCCCCCAGUCAGAGUACAAACAUGUGGGUAAAAGUAUAAACCUUAGAGACAAUUUACUGCCUUUCAGAUAUACUUAAUAUACCGACCCAUCAUGUUGACAACCAUAUUGGGACUAUGAAAUAGGGCUGCUUACAGUCUCGCUUUUUUCUGUCAGACUUCAGCAUUUUGGCUCGUCAACUCCAACCUUUCUCCAAGAGGUGCAUUAAAUGCUCCCUUGCAGUUGGUAUUCAUGCUAUGUUGGAUUAACUGCAGAUGUGACUUUCAGACUUGGGAAAAUGGUCUGCAUCUAAACAGCAGAAAUAUGUUGUUUUUAUGUCUGUGUAGCUCUGCUGCUUUCCACAUUGUUGUAGUGAACAACACAGCAGAUGCCUUCCAAGGUAAUUCAAAUUAAAAAGCUGUUUUCACACAUGCUCUGCAGCCCCGAACCUUAGUAGACAUGACCAGACAGAGGUGCAUGAUGGAAAACAAAUGUUUGAGGCAAUCAAAUAGGACCGUAGCCUGAUUUAACCUUCCAGAUCUCUCGUAUUAGGUCCCAGUGAUUUGUGAGAGCAGAGCAGCUAUUUUUUGGUACAGCACUAAUGAUUCAGAAAAGAAGAAAUUCAACUGUUGACAAAUGUCUUCACUCAGUCUUUCAAAAUAAUAAAGCGUGAGAACAGAAUAUAUAACAAAUAAGGUGACCAGGUUUUUCCUGUCUGCUAGCUGUCGGUAAAAACUGGCGGCCAAGUGAUUUCAAAAUUUAUGCGAUGGGAAUCAAACCAGUGCACUCCCCAACAAGUUCCAGGUCACGUCUACAGUCCUGCCAAGGAAAUGUUUGUUUUCAUGCGCAACUAGAGCAUCAAACAAACCACACAAACAGCUUUUUUCCUCCAGUCUUUGCUUGUUUAAAGCAGCUGGCCUCAAAUUUCAUUCUGAGUGGAAUAAAAUAUAAAAUCUUGAUUCUAAUUUAAGGUGCAGAAAACCUGGAGAAGUUGCUAUAGUUAACAUCAUCAUCAUCUGCUAAUGGCGUGAAUGUAAACCCCCUCCAAAUAUUUAGCAUUACCACAAAAAUGAUCAGCUCGAUGCUGCUGAACACGAGACUACACCUGGUAAUGUAACUUUAAGCAACGAAUACUUUUAAUCUGGUUAUGAAUUCAAUCUCAAGUAUCCCUAUUAAAGGUAUUUUGUUGUAUUCACUGAUGGAUGCAGCAAGAUUUAGUUGAGUUUAACGUGACAUAAAAAGACAUGAAUGCAACAUUCACUGUAUUACUUAUGUAAAUAAAUACAAAGCACAAUCAUUUCUCGUACGUUGUGUUUAAGAACGCGUGUUUGAACUUUUGUAAAGGUGGUUGUUUAAGUUUUGUUAAGUCAUGUUAUGCUCCGGACCAGCUUUGGUGUAAAAAUGUGGUUUCACAUUUGUGUUUUGGGGUUAAUUAUUUAUGAAGUGGAUCUACUACAAAACAGUCCAUGCUAUUUUUCCCUUUCACUCCCGAUCAGACUGGGAAGUUGAUGUGAAUUAAGCCAGUACCUUAAAUUCAGCCCUCUUUGUCCACUUCAGUUUAUUUGCCAGACAUCAAAAACGGACACUCAUCAGGUUAUUAAGAAUUUAAUUCUUUGCCAGAUAAUUAAAUGUGAAUGUAAAUAAUCCAAUUUUUGUGGGUGUAAAUAUGUGAAAUAAAGAUUCAAUAAAAAAGCUCUUUGGA